AUGAUAAUAAGAUCCUUCUGUCGUCGCGCAGUCGCCUCGUCGGUCGCUCUCCUCCUGUUGCUAACCUCUUCUCCGCAGCCUACGCAAGCAAAGAAAGAUGGUCCAACCAUCUCCGCUACGACCUUCGAUAAUCCGCUAGAAAACGUCUUCUAUUUCGAUGACUCGGACGUCGUCAUCGGCUACGAUGGUGAGACCGGCAUUGUGUGGCGCAGCGCUGAUGCGGGCGAGACGUGGAAAGAGAUCAAUGAUCAAGGACAAUCGGGAAAUGCCUUGGACGUAUACCGGCAUCCCUACGACAACCAGCGCGCAUAUAUCAUCGGCUUAGACUCGGACCACUGGGUGACAACAGAUACCGGCGAGACGUGGAGGAAGUUUUCGUCUGAUGGCGAUGGUCUUGCGAGAUUUCGCAACGCUCCGUUGAGCUUCCACGGCCGCGACCCCCAGCGAGUGAUUUGGAACGCGGAGCACUGUCUCGGCUUGGCCUGUAUCGAGCGGGCGUUCUAUACCGAUGAUGACUUCAAGACGACCAAGAGGUUGGGUGAUAUGACCCGAGGUUGCCAAUGGGCUGUCAGCGCCCCCGACUUUGCAGAAGAGCUUGCUCCUGAAAUAAGAGAUCGGAUAUUCUGUAUCGUGGAAGGGCUAUACUCCCCGUGGCCAAAGGAUAACAGACUCAUCGUGUCCGAUGAUUUCUUCCAAGGAGAUCAGCUCGAGCCUGCGCUUGAUGAUGGCCGAGCUGUGACUGGGAUCAUCAGCAUGGCUGCGGUCAAAGGAUUCUUGGUUGCAGCUGCGAAAUCGGAGGGCACGGACGAGUUGGCUCUCUACGUGACAAAGGACGCAUCACAGUGGCAUCGAGCAGAAUUUGGACAGCACAGGAUAGACGAAGAUGCAUAUACGAUCCUGGAAAGCACCAACUACAGCUUGCAGGUCGAUGUACUCGGGUCCCGACCUACUAAUCCCAUGGGUUACCUCUUCACCUCGAACUCCAACGGCACUUAUUUUACUCGGAAUAUUGACCACACGAAUCGCAAUAUCUUUGGCAACGUCGACUUCGAGAAAGUCCAGUCGAUUCAAGGGAUCGUCUUGGUGAACGUUGUAGACAACUGGAAGGAUGUCGAGGGAUCCACCAUUCCUAGAAAGGAAAUCAUUUCUCAGAUUAGUUUCGACGACGGACGGACUUUCCAGGAUCUCAAAGUUGGCGACAAGAGGCUGCAUCUGCAUUCAGUUACCGAUGCAAGGCAAACAGGGAGGAUCUUCUCCAGCCCAGCCCCGGGUAUUGUUAUGGGAAUUGGCAAUACCGGAAAGUUCUUGAAAGACUACGAAGAUGGUGAUCUUUUUGUCUCGGAUGACGCUGGCGUCACAUGGUAUGAAGGCUUGGACGGUGCUCACUUGUACGAGUUUGGAAACCAGGGGGCAGUUAUAGUCGCCGUUGAUGACGAGGAUUCCACAAGCCACAUAAGAUACUCGAUCGAUCAUGGGAAGACCUGGAAGAAGGCAGAGCUUCCGGAAAAAGUACGCGCCAGGUUUAUCACCACGGUCCCAGACUCCACCACCCUCAAAUUCCUCAUGAUGGGCGCGAAGGGGACAGGUUCGAAAACCGAAUGGGUUAUAUUCAAAAUCGACUUUGAGGGUUUGCAUGAACGUGCAUGCGGCAAAGAUGACUUUGAGCGUUGGCCUGCGCGUGUCGAUAAAGAUGGUAAACCGAGCUGUCUCAUGGGUCACAAGCAAUUCUUCAGGAGACGCAAGGCUGAUGCCGAAUGCUUCAUCGAUGAGGAAUUUAAAGACCCUGUGCCUGAAUUUGAACCGUGCGUCUGCACGAUGGCUGAUUUUGAGUGCGACUACAACUUUGUUCGGGAUCCGGACGAUCGCACCAAAUGCAAUCCCGCACAGCCGAUCGCGGUCCCAGAGGGCGCCUGCAAGAGCGAGAAGGACACAUUUAAGGGCCCCUCCGGCUGGCGAAUGAUUCCAGGCAAUGAAUGCCAGCGGAAGGGCGGUGAAGAGCUAGACAAGGAGAUUGAAAGACCAUGCUCAGACUCGGUGAAGACACCCGCCUCGGGAGAGAUCACCGUCGAGAAAACCAACUUCAACGCCGAUCGGUUUUCGGAAUGGUAUUAUCUUGAAAGAAGCGACACCUCCCACGGCAAUGAUGAGACCAUUGUGAUGCGCACGAGUGAACAAGACAUCUUCUUGACACGAGAUCAUGGCAAAACUUGGGAGCCAAUUCUCAAGGGCGAACCGAUCACUGCUAUUGCGCCCAGCCCUUACCAUCACGAUGCCGUCUUUUUCCUCACAGGCUCUAAAACAGUUCACUACACCAUCGACCGAGGAGACAGAUUCAACAAAUUUACUGCGCCGGAACGACCGAGCACUCUACGCCUCCCCACUUUACGGUUUCACCCUGGGUACAAGGACUGGCUACUCUGGUCAGGCGCCGUUGGGAAUGACGACCAUACCAACAUUUGGUUGUCUAAAGACCGCGGUGACCACUGGGAUACUUUGGUCCGUUACGCCAGAAAAUGCGAAUUCAUCACUCGCGAAGGUCAAGGCCAAGGCGAUCAGUUGAUCUACUGUGAACAGUAUCAAGAUGAAAACCCGGACAAGAAUCUCAUGCUUUUGUCCAGCGACAAUUUCUUUGCCGAAUCAAAGGUGCAUUUUCCUGAUAUUUUGGACUUUGCGACCAUGUCGGAGUUCAUUAUCGUCGCCGCAAAGACAGAGGACAAGCAGAGCUUGAAGGUAGACGCAAGUGUAGAUGGACGAACCUUUGCGCCUGCAGAAUUUCCUCGAAAUUUCCAAGUGAAACACCAACAAGCCUAUACGGUUCUGGACAGCUCUACUCAUGCUGUAUUCCUCCACGUAACCGUGAAUGCUGCUCAAGAUCACGAGUAUGGUGCAAUCAUCAAGUCCAACAGCAACGGUACAUCCUACGUUUUCACCCUGGGUGGAGUGAACCGGGACACUGAAGGGUACGUCGAUUUUGAGAAAAUGCAAGGUCUCGAAGGAGUCGCCAUGGUCAAUGUCGUGUCCAACAUAGAUGAGACGAACAACGGGGAGAGAAAAAAGCUGAAGUCGAUGAUUACCCACAAUGACGGUGCUCAAUGGGCCUAUCUCCCUCCACCAAAAGAGGAUGCGCUGGGGAAAAACUACCCUUGUGUGGAAGAGGCCAACCAGGCCACUGCAAAAUGCUCGUUGCACAUUCACAGCUAUACCGAACGUGUGGACAAGUCAGCCACAUUCUCUAGCCCUAGUGCAGUUGGACUAAUGAUGGCCGUGGGCAACGUCGGAGAGCAUCUUCUUCGAAAGGAUGAUGAAGCCACAGACACCUUCAUCACUCGCGACGCUGGUAUCACUUGGCAAUCCGUCAAGAAGGGCAGCUACAUGUGGGAGUAUGGCGAUCAGGGCAGCAUCAUCGUGAUUGUCAAGGAAUCCCAACCCACCAAAUCUCUCUUCUACACUCUUGAUGAGGGUAGGACGUGGCGAGAGUUCGUCUUCUCCCCGGAUGUGGAAAUGCAGAUUGAUGCGAUCACCACCGUACCAUCAGACAACUCCCGCAACUUCCUCCUCUGGGGGCGUGAGGUAGGAGGAAACGCCAAACGUGGCAUCUUCACCGUGCAUCUGGACUUUUCCGGCCUCGAAGAACGUCAAGUCAAGUGUGAACUCGAUGAGAAGAACCCCGAAAAGGGUGACUACGCGCUCUGGGAACCCAAGCAUCCUAUGCAGGCAUCAAACUGCUUGUUCGGUCAUGUGGCUCAAUAUCACCGCAAACGGGCCGAUGCCAAAUGCUACAAUGGCAAGAUCAUCAGCCACCUCCACAAUAUCGCAAAGAAUUGUUCUUGCACGCGCCAGGAUUUUGAAUGUGACUACAACUACCAGGCACAAGCCGACGGAACAUGUCAGCUGGUACCGGGGCUGCAACCGGCCGAUCACGAGCAGAAGUGUCGAGACAACCCUGAUCAACUCGAGUUUUGGUAUCCCACAGGAUAUAGGAGAAUACCGCUGACGACGUGCCAAGGUGGGAGAGAGCUGGACAAGCUCGAAUCUAGACCUUGCCCAGGUCAUGAAAAGGAAUACAAGAAGAAACAUGGCAUUUCCGGUGUGGCAUUGUUCUUUUCGAUUGUGGUCCCAAUCGCAGCCUCCCUGGGUAUUGGGUAUUGGGUGUACACGAGGUGGCAGAGCGGAUUCGGUUCAUUUGGCCAAAUCCGGCUGGGAGAAAGCAUGGGUGCUUCUGGAACGUCUUCUGGAGCAAGUAGCGACCCGCUGUGGAUCAAGGUGCCUGUGGUGGUGUUGAGUGGCGUGGUCGCGGUGGCCAAGGCAAUGCCGUUACUGGUGAUGAGCUUGUGGAGAAGCGCAAAAGGAUAUAUGCCUGUUGGGAGUGGAGGUAGUGGUUCAGGCGGACGUUUUGGUGUGGGAAGAGGAUCGAAUGCUGGCUAUGGUGCUCCUUACCGCUCGAGAGAUGCCUUUGCAAGAAGAGGUCAAGAUUACUCCCAAGUUGUGGAGGAUGACGAGUUGUUAGGAGAUGGGCUGGAUGACGAGGAGGAAGUUUGA